AUGCCUGUUGUUAAUGUCGACCAGUUGGUCCGCCUACAGCGGCAGCCCGAGGACAUAAGAAAUAUCUGCAUUUUGGCCCACGUUGAUCAUGGCAAGACAUCUUUGACAGAUAGUCUUAUUGCCACAAAUGGCAUCAUUUCACCCAAGCUGGCCGGUAAGAUCCGCUACCUGGACUCUCGUCCAGAUGAGCAGCUUCGAGGUAUUACCAUGGAGUCCUCGGCUAUCUCACUGUUCUUCUCCAUGCUCCGCCGUCCAAGCCCGGACGCAGAGCCAGUGCCCAAGGAGUAUCUGAUCAACCUAAUCGAUUCGCCUGGUCAUAUCGAUUUCAGUAGCGAGGUUUCCACCGCAUCUCGUCUUUGUGACGGUGCAGUUGUGCUCGUCGAUGCAGUCGAAGGUGUCUGUAGUCAAACUGUGACAGUCCUGCGACAGACUUGGGUCGAGCAGUUGAAGCCGAUCCUCGUUAUUAACAAGAUGGACCGCUUGGUAACAGAGCUGAAGAUGAGCCCUGCCGAGGCUUUCUCGCAUCUUAGUCGACUGUUAGAACAGGUCAAUGCUGUCAUCGGUAGUUUCUACCAGGGUGAACGCAUGGAAGAAGAUUUGCAGUGGCGUGAACGUAUGGAAGACCGUCUUAACGCUGCAGCUGCUCGGGAAAAAGACAACAAAAAGUCGUCAGCAGACGAUGAAUCUGCGCAAAGCAUCACUGAAGGAACUGAAUUUGAGGAGCGCGACGACGAGGAUCUUUACUUUGCACCUGAGAAAAAUAACGUCAUCUUCUGCAGUGCUGUUGAUGGCUGGGCUUUCACAAUCCGGCAAUUUGCCGCUAUUUACGAGAAAAAACUCGGAAUCAAACGAACAGUUCUGGAGAAAGUGCUCUGGGGUGAUUAUUAUCUAGACCCUAAAACUAAGCGCGUCUUGGGUGUGAAGCAUCUGAAGGGACGUGCUUUGAAGCCUAUGUUCGUUCAAUUGGUAUUGGAUAGCAUUUGGGCGGCUUAUCAAGCCACCACAGGUGGUGACAAGGGCAAAGGUGACCCAGUGUUGCUGGAGAAGAUCACCAAAUCGCUCAACAUCAACAUCCCGGUAUAUAUCUUGCGCGGACGCGACCCUAGGAACAUUAUGAAUACACUGUUCUCUCAAUGGCUGCCACUAUCUACUGCUCUGCUGGUUUCCGUCAUUGAAUAUCUUCCCAGUCCCCCCGCUGCGCAAGCCGCCCGACUACCGGAAAUGAUCAAGACAUCCCCCGGCGCUGCUUUCAUUGCCGAUGAUAUCAAGACUGCCAUGGUGGAUUUCAAGACAGGUCCCGAACAACCCGUCGUGGCAUACGUCAGCAAGAUGGUUGCCAUCCCGGAGAGUGAGCUCCUCUCCAACAAGAGGCGUAGUGAAGGUGCCAUGACUGCCGCAGAAGCUCUUGAGGGUGCGCGCCGGAAGCGGGAGGAGAUUGCAAAGAUGCAGGCUGAGGCCCGCAGUAAUGGACAGGAGGAUGACUUUGAGCGCAUGACAUCAGUUUUCGAAACAACCUCAUUGAUCACCGAGACGACCGAGGAACCAGAAGAGCCAGUGGAGAAGGAUGACCCUGACCACCUUAUUGGUUUCGCUAGACUCUAUUCCGGAACCCUUUCGGUUGGAGAUGAGAUCUAUGUCCUCCCUCCCAAGUUCUCUCCAGCCCACCCGCACGCCAGCCCGGAGCCAAAGAAAGUCAAAGUCACAGAUCUCUACCUGAUGAUGGGAAGAGCUCUCGAGCCCCUCAAGUCCGUACCAGCCGGUGUGGUAUUCGGAAUUGGAGGUCUUGCAGGCCACGUCUUGAAGACAGGUACCCUCUGCAGCCGACUCGACGGAAGCAUCAACUUGGCUGGUGUUUCACUGAGCAUGCCGCCCAUCGUCCGAGUCGCGCUGGAACCAGUCAACCCAGCAGACCUGAGCAAGCUGGUCACCGGUUUGCGCUUGCUCGAACAGAGUGAUCCUUGUGCGCAGUACGAAGUGCUCCCUAGCGGUGAACAUGUUAUCCUCACAGCAGGUGAACUGCACUUGGAGCGCUGUGUAACGGAUCUGCGGGAUCGUUUCGCACGUUGCGAAAUCCAGACCGGCGAGGCUAUCGUCCCCUAUCGUGAAACUAUUGUUCACGGCCCCGAGAUGGCCGCCCCCAAGAAUCCUGAGCUAGGACGUGGAGCCGUUUUGACGGUUUCCGCUUCCAAGCAAAUGACCCUUCGUCUGCGCGUGGUUCCGAUGCCAGAGGCCGUGACGGAAUUCCUGACUAAACAAGUCGGAACUAUCAAACAGCUCCAAUUGGAGAAGCGCUCAGAGACUGAAGGCAAGACAGAGACUGACAACGCAGCUGAAGCUGUCGUUGACGGUACUGGCGAGGCGCCUGAAGGCCAAAUCCUCUCCAAGCAGGAGUUCCGCGAAGGACUAGAUAAGUUGUUCAACGAGGAAGUGAAGGAAGACAAGGAACUAUGGAAGAAUGUCGUCAACCGAAUCACCGCUUUUGGGCCCCGAAGAGUCGGUCCCAACAUUCUGGUUGAUGCAACUGCAGUCAACACAUGCGAGAAAUUCUUGGUCGAUGACACCAAGCAACAUAUCGACGGUGACAAUCACCAAGCACUACUCGUGCGUGACUUCAACGACAAGAUCGCAUAUGCCUUCCAGCUCGCAACGGGUCAAGGCCCCUUGUGCCAGGAGCCUAUGCAAGGCGUGGCCGUCUUCUUGGAAGACCUAUCUGUGCAGUCCAGCGCAGGCGACGAGCUUGACAUGGGCCGUUUGACAGGCGAGUCGAUCAGACUGGUCCGUGAAGGUAUCUCGGCUGGUUUCCUGGACUGGAGUCCUCGUAUCAUGCUCGCAAUGUACAGUUGCGAGAUCCAAGCUACCACCGAAGUUCUAGGCCGCGUCUACGCAGUAAUCACCCGCCGCCGAGGUCGCAUUCUCUCCGAAAUAAUGAAAGAAGGCACGCCAUUCUUCACUAUUCUUGCUCUCCUCCCCGUAGCCGAGUCAUUCGGGUUCGCUGAGGAGAUCCGCAAGCGGACGUCCGGCGCCGCGCAACCGCAGCUGAUCUUCGCGGGCUUCGAGGCUCUCGACGAGGAUCCAUUCUGGGUGCCUGCUACGGAGGAAGAACUUGAGGAUCUGGGUGAGCUUGCGGAUAAGCAGAAUGUUGCUAAGCGGUAUAUGGAUGCUGUACGCAGUCGCAAGGGUUUGGUUGUUCAGGGACGUAAGUUGAUUGAUGCGGAGAAGCAGAAGACGUUGAAGAAGUAA